CGGACGUCGGCGUUUCAUAACUUCUGACAUUUCUGUAUAAAACAAGCGCUCUAACCAACCUCAUAUAAAUAACAUAGAUCAGGUGAUGUACGCGGCUCUGGUGGUUUUUUCUUUUUAACAGAUUUUUUCAGCCCUUUAACAUGAAGAGGCUUUUCCUUGUGGAGCCUCUGGUGGCCCUGUAUGCUUUUGCCAAUUUCCUCAUCUAUCCACUUGUGCAACAGUAUGUAUACAGGAGAAUCUGGCUGCAGGUGACAAAUACCACCUACCCCAUCUCUGACAACACUUCCAGAUGUCUCCCAAACAGUAACAGCAGCAACCAGUCACACUAUAUUGAGGAGGUACAGAGGCAGGCAUCUCUCUUCUCCCUUUACACAGAAAUCUCCUCCACAGUCCCAUCCUUGGUGGUCACUCUCAUACUGGUGGCCUAUAGCGACCAGGGAGGACGCAAGAUAGCCAUCAUCAUUCCUUUGAUUGGCACAAUGAUAUACACACUGGCUUACCUGACUGUGUCCUAUUUUGAGCUCAACAUUUACUUACUCAUUGGCUCCGCAAUUCUCAGUGCCCUGUGUGGUGGUUGGGGCACGUUUCUGGGUGGCUGUUUUGCCUAUAUAGCAGACUUGUGCAAGGAUGAUCGUCAGAAGACGUUGCGCAUAGCUGGAGUGGACAUGAUGAUUGGCCUGUUGUCUGGGGUGGCUGCAAUAUCAUCAGGCUACUUUCUGAGAGCUGCAGGAUUUAACUGGCCUUUCCUAACCUCUUCAUUUAUAUUGUUUUUUAACAUACUCUAUGCCAUCUUUAUCCUUGAGGAAACUGUGAAGAAGAUGCCAAAUGAUGCCAUUAUUUCAGAUGGAGUUCCUCAAUGUUCAGCCAUAAAACAGAUGAUCUGUGGGGUCUGCCAGAUGCCUAUAGGGACCAGUCGCAGGUGGAAAGCUGUCUUAGCCCUCCUCAUUAUUAGCUUUACCAGUUUUUCUUUUGCAUAUAUAGGAGGGCUCUCCACAGUGAUACUGUAUGAGCUCAAGCAGCCGCUGUGCUGGACUGAGAUUUUGAUUGGCUAUGGCUCAGCUCUGUCCCUCACUGUGUUCCUGACCAGCUUUGUGGGAGUGUCUGUGUUUACAUACUGUGGUGUGCCCCAGCUGUUGAUUGUCCUGUUGGGGAUCCUGUCUGUUAUAUCAGGCAUGGUCAUGGCGGCAUUUGCUAAAACAACCUUACUGAUGUUUACAGUGAGGAUCCCAAUGCUUCUGGCUAUCAUGCCUUUCUCUGUUCUGCGCGCCAUGAUGUCAAAGAUUGUCCCAAAGUCUGAGCAGGGAGCCCUGUUUGCCUUUCUUUCCUUUAUGGAAAGCUUGACUAAUAAUGUGUCAGCUGGAGUCUUCAACAGUGUUUAUGCUGCUACAGUUGCAUGGUUCCCUGGCUUCGUCUUUCUCUUGUCUGCAGGACUCUGUGUAAUUCCUUUGUCUACCUUAGGAGUCGUGAGUCUGAUAGGAGUGGAUGUUGCCAAAGAGGUCCAAAGGCCAACUCAUCACAUCUCAGAGGAGGAGAAUCCUGUUCAAGAUCAGAGUGAAGCCAGUCCUCUUCUUGCCUGAGACACGUGGGCUACCAAAAUGUUACCAGCACCUUGCUUGCUAAGGUGUGUGUGUGUGUGUGUGUGUGUGUGUGUGUGUGUGUGUGUGUGUGUGUGUGUGUGUAAGUUUCAUAAGGUAAUAAUGCAGGCAUUACAUUUUCAUCUGUCUUUGUAAACAGACACCGAUUUCUCUCCAACCCCUCUCAGGUAUAACAACUCUAGUUAAAAUUGGUAGAAAUGCAUAAAUGUUAAAUUUAAAUUAUUUCAUUUUAUAUUUCCCUGUUCUUUUUUUUUUUUUUUUUUUUUUCCCUAGAAAUGCCAAAUUAAAUUUGAUUUUGACAUUAUUGCAUCACUUUUUUGGGGAACAUUGUUCAGGGAACAUUGGAAGACAGGGAAGAGAACUCACAAGCCACAAAUGGUAAAGGGGACUAAGAGUUAAGGUAGUACUCUAAAAGUUGAAGGACUACAGUUGUGCACUGAAUAGGUGACUUAUUAGGUCUCUGGUUACCUUGAGGUUCUAGCAAGUUGAAAAUCUCAGUCUCCCAUAUUAUCAGUUAUAUUAUCACCUUUGCAAUUGUCUGGAGAAUAUUAGCAGACUGAAUUAAGGGAAGUGUUUGGGGCAUUUUUUUCAGACCAAUGACCAAAAACUCUGGGGGUUGAGGGAAAACUCAUUUGAGGAAGAAUGUCCUUUGCCAGCCACUAUCUCUGUCAUUAACAUCCCCCACAUCUGAUUUUGAUGUACAAUGGCAGUGAGGUUGCUUCAGAUGUGCAUUAAAUGGGUGAUGCUAGUUUCUAACCCACAAAGAGAUUUUGUUGGUUUUCACACUUAAGUGUUCGUCUGUGCAGUAUGAAAGCACCAUUAAGUAUCACUGGGUGUCGCUGCAAAUGUCACUACAUGCCUGCCGCUAGUAAUGUUUGGAUUUUGUUGUAUUUAAGAUGCUGCAUUGUAGGUGUAGUGGUUUGUAUUGUGUCAACAAAAUGACUAAUAAA